GGGAGACACGUGACCGUUAACGCUAACGGAGUAGUGCCGCUGUGACUGGCGCCGGAGAUAUUCAUUUGAGACCGGUAUCUCAAAACAAUUUCUGACAGUCAGCGGAGUGAUCAGGAUCUGAAUAUCAUUGGCAUUUACCUGUGGAAGGAAAAAGAAAUUUGAACAUUGAAGGAGAAAGCACCGUUCACACCGGGGAGAAACACAUAUCGUCUGUGAAGGUUCAUCUGAAAUGUCCAAGCGCCAACGCAGUCACACUCGGGAGAGAUUGUGUAAAUGUGGGGAUUGUGGGAAGGGAUUUAUUUACCCUUCCCAGCUGAAAAUUCACCAACGCAGUCACACUGGGGAGAAGCCGUUCAUCUGCUCUGAUUGUGGGAUGGGAUUCGCUCUGUCAUCCAACCUGCUCAAACAUCGGCGAGUUCACACUGGAGAGAGACCAUUUGCUUGCUCUGUGUGUGGGAUGGGAUUCACUCAGACAACUCACCUGCUGAAACACCGGCUAGUUCACACUGGAGAGCGACCAUUCACUUGCUCCGUAUGUGGAAAAGGAUUCACUUUGUCAUCAAGUCUGCUAAUACAUCAGCGAAUUCACAAUGGGGAGAGACCAUUCACCUGCUCCGUGUGUGGAAAAGGAUUCACUUUGUCAUCCAGCUUACUGAGACACCAGCGAAUUCACACUGGAGAGAAACCAUUCACCUGCUCUGUGUGUGGGAAGGGAUUCACUCAGUCAUCCUACCUGCUGGAACACCAGCGCGUUCACACGACAGAGAGACCAUUCACCUGUUCUGAAUGUGGGAAAGGAUUCACUCGCUCAUCUAAACUACUGAUACACCAGCGAGUUCACACCGGAGAGAAACCGUUCACCUGCUCUGAGUGUGGGAAGGGAUUUACUCACUCAUCAAAUCUGCUGAGACACCAGCGAGUUCAUACUGGAGAGAGACCAUUCACCUGUUCUGAAUGUGGGAAAGCAUUCACUCAGACAAUUCACCUGCUGAUACAUCAGCGAGUUCACACCGGAGAGAGACCAUACAUGUGUUCUGUGUGUGGAAAAGGCUUUGCUGAUUCAACCUCCCUGUUGAUACACCAACGAGUUCAUACUGGGGAGAAACCAUUCAUUUGCUCCUUGUGUGGGAGGCGAUUCACUCGGUCAUCCAAACUGUUAACACACCAGCAAAUUCACAAAGAACCACAGUUGAAGGAUUUUGCUCUUACUCACUCCAAGGAAUGCCCGAAACCUCAGCUACAACGACACUGCUUCUCCGCACGGAAACACCGACGUGGCCGGUUGUCACGUGCGCGGCGUUCGUUCACUCUGAUUGGCUGGAGGACCAGCUGCGCACACUUGGUCCUCCAGGCCCGCCCCCUGUUCCUAUUGGUCAGGCUUCGUCUUUAUUCCCAUUCUGAAGCAGGAGCGGGCGGUAAUUCGAACUCGGAUCCGGAGUCGCAAAUCAAACCAGGCACGAGAUUCCCGGCACCUACUCCAGUUGUGAUUUCUGCUUCCCUCGAUAUCUGUUGUGCCCAGCUAAAAGAUGGCGGCCGGAUGCUCGGGCCGAUCCAGGUUAACGUGAACGUUGACUUCACGUUUGCUGUAAACGCAGGACUGGCAGAUUCUUAUUCGGGGCUUGAUGCCUGUACUGGUUAUCUCAGGAUUUUGAACACUGAAGGAGAAAGCAUCAUUCACACUGGGAAGAAACACGCAUUGUCUGUAUGUGGAAGAGUCUGUGAAGAUUUAUCUGAAAUGUUCAAACACCAGCGUAGUCACACUGGGGAGAGACUGUGGAAAUGUGGGGAUUGUAGGAAGGGAUUUCUGUACCCAUCCCAGCUCAAAACUCAUGAACGCAGUCACACCGGGGAGAAGCCGUUCGCCUGCUCUGAUUGUGGGAUGGGAUUCACUCAGUCAUCCAGCCUGCGGAUCCACCAGCGAGUUCACACUGGGGAGAGACCAUUCACUUGCUCAGUGUGUGGGAAAGCAUUUGCUCAGUCAGCCAGCCUGCGGAUACACCAGCGAGUUCACACUGGAGAGAGACCAUUCACCUGCUCUGAUUGUGGAAAGGGAUUCACUCUGUCAUCCCACCUGCGGGUACACCAGCGAUUUCACGCUGGAGAGAGACCAUUCACCUGCUCAGUGUGCGGGAAAGCAUUCCCUCAAUCAUCCAGCCUGCAGAUACACCGGCGAGUUCACACUGGAGAGAGACCAUUCACUUGCUGUGACUGUGGGAAGGGAUUCACUUCAUCAUCCAGUUUGCAGAAACACCAGCGAGUUCACACUGGGGAGAGACCAUUCACUUGUUCUGAAUGUGGAAAAGCAUUCAAUUGCUCAUCUAAACUGCUGAUACACCAGCGAAUUCACACUGGGGAGAAACCGCUCACUUGGUCAGAUUGUGGGAAAGCAUUCACUCAGUCAACCAUCCUGCUAAUACAUCAGCGAAUUCACAGGAAAGAGAAACCAUUCACCUGCUCCAAUUAUGGGAAGGGCUUUACUCAGUCAUCCAACCUGCUGAAACACCAGCGAGUUCAUAGUGGGGAGAAACAUUCAGUCAGUCAAAUUAACUGCUGA